CUUCAUAAGUUUGGGACGCUAUCUGGGAAUACGGAAUCCAUUGGGCUCGAGACAUCGGUCUACGAAACGAUUGGCUGGUAUUAAGAUAGCCAUUGUUUGGGUAAUGGCCAUGAUUGUAUCCAGCUCGAUAACAGUCCUGGGUCUGGUCAACGAGAAGAACAUUAUGCCUGAGCACAACGUCUGUGUAAUAAACAACCGCGCCUUCUUCGUUUUUGGAUCUCUGGUGGCAUUUUAUAUCCCCAUGCUCAUGAUGGUCACUACUUACGCACUCACCAUUCCCCUCCUCCGCAAGAAAGCACGUUUUGCCGCAGAGCAUCCGGAAAGUGAACUCUUCCGCAGGCUAGGUGGGCGCUUUACCAUAAGACCUCAGCACAGCCAGCAACAGUUGCAGGUGCACAGCAGCUUCUCCAGAGGCAAUAGCAAAUUUUUGUCAAUGAGCGACAGCAUUCGCAACUUUAACAAUGGAGGACGAGGGGUUGAGGAACGAGCUGAUGCCAGGAAAAGGUGCGUGGAGCCCGCAGAACGACCUUUGAUGCAGCAGAGAACGACGAGUAGCAGGAGCAUUGGCCCGGCCAGUUUCCGCAAUGUGGCCAAUGGCAGUGGAGGAGCUGGAGGAAGUGGGUCUAAGGGAGCAGCCCCUGCCCGCAGCAGCUUCCGGUUCUCCGGAGGCGGCAUCCUGCGGCACUCCUCGUCACCCGCCUCGAGCUGCCACUCCACCAACAAGUCGCAUUCGAGCAGCUUCUGGAGCAAACGCGGAGGCAAUCCCAACCUAAUGGACAGCCAUCCGAAUCGACGGGCCUCUGUGCGUGUCAGUAUGUCUCAGCCACAACUGGGUUACCCGACAAAUGGAGGUGGCGCUGGCAAAUCGUCGGAAGGUGGAGGCGGUGGCUAUAGCUCAUCAGCUGCGACAACGAGCUGCUCGACUCCUGGAGGCACCAGCAUGAUGAAAAUCGCCACCAUCCAGGGACCCACUCUGAGCCAGGGCCAGGGAGCUGGAGGCAAUCACUCGAUGGAGCAGGUGAGGCCCACAGAUUUAAAGCCCGACGAACGACAGCGCCAGAAAAUGCGGACCUUUAAGUUUUCUUUAAACCGAGUUUCCACGCCCACUCUAAAUUUACGUUUCCUAAACAAUCGCAGCAAACGGAACAGUUUAUCGGCUAACGCGGUCGCCACGGAGCAGAAGGCAACAAAGGUGCUUGGACUGGUGUUCUUCACCUUCGUUCUGUGCUGGUCGCCCUUCUUCAUCCUGAACAUCAUCUUCGCCGCGUGCCCCGAGUGCAAGGUGCCCGAGCACGUGGUGAACACCUGCCUCUGGCUGGGCUACGUAUCUUCGACGAUCAAUCCCAUCAUCUAUACCAUAUUCAAUAGAACGUUCCGGGCGGCCUUUAUCCGCUUGCUCAAGUGCAACUGCGAACGGUCCGGCCGCCCGCUGCGAUACCGCUCCGUGACGGAGGGACGUGGCGCUGUGAGCCUGUGCGCCCCCUCGGCCUUGCCGCUAGCCAUAUCCUUCCAUGGGGCGCCACUGAUGACGCCAUCCACAGCGAAUGCGACGCCGUUAAGCGAGUUCCGAGGCAGCUACACAAUUACCGAUGACGAGUGCUGAGCUUUUACGAAUUUUACGAAUUUAUAACGUCGAAACGGCAAAAUCAAACGGAGUCAUCUGUACUUACUAGCUGCUAAUCAAAGGAAAACGAUAGCUUCAGGGAGAUUCAUGCUAACUUUUCCAAUAAGAAAUCACAAUCAAAUUGACGACUUAAGUAGGAACUACGAAGCAAAAUACUACACUUAAAGCUCAUCACAUAUCAUAAAAUCGAGAAAGAAAGAUAACAUCGCCAAGCCGAACAUUAGAAACCCCUUGCAGCUAAAAUCAUAACUAUCAAUACGUGGGGAGUGUAGGGUAAAGAGCGAACGAUUCGUUUUUAGAAGAUACAUAUAGAUUUAGGUUUCUCGAAAAAAACUAAAACCCUGUGCAUAUGCUAACAUAUAUAUUUAUUUUCCUUACGGAAGAUUGAAAAUGUUCAUUUAUAGAACACAAAUAUAAUUUUAAAAUAAAAAAAGUACAUUUUGAACAAAAUAGGUUGUUCAAUAUCUAGUUGACAAGCAUCAUCAAACAAAAUAAUAGUUUAGUAUAUAAAAUUAAUUUUGACUGUGGAAAAGAAAAAAAUAAAGCUAAAAUGUCAAGAUACAUCGAUAAAACUCUGUCGAAUUGAAUUUUUAUUUCAAAUUUAUGUUUAUUUAACUAAUAAAAACCACAUAAAACAAGAGAGAACGCUAUCGACUGCAGGCAGCAAAGCGACCGAAACAAAGAUUUUACUUUACUUUUGGCAUAGAUGGAUAUUAAUAAUAAAAACAAAUUUUCAUUUGUUUUUUUCCACAAACUUCAAAAAUGUAGGCGCUAGAAGGGUUUUAGCGUUAUGACUUUUGUACAAGGUACUUUUGGAAAUAUGACAUUGGUACUUUUUUGUUUCUAAAGAUCUUAUGUAUACGUUAACUGUAUACAUUUAACUGACUAGGUUUUCAACAAUUCUUUGCCCUGGCACUGCUAAAACACUUAUAAAUUGAAUAGGUGUGCUAAUAUAAACAGUUUACAAAAUAAAAUAAAGUUUUGUAAGCUGGUGUGUUUGCUCCACCCUUUUAGUCAAAAUAAUCUUACGUACUAGUUUCGCGACAUCUUAUUAUUAUUCUUGUAAAUUCAUUGUCGACCAGAUACAAGAAAUUGACCACAGUUAUUUGAAAAUUUUGACGUGACGUGACUUGUGAGACUUGUCAAGUUAGUCACCUUACCGUAUUCUUUCCGUAUUACCCUACACUCCCCUACAUAACAGAAACUGUAUAUACAUAUAAGAGUAAGAAUGUGUACAUAAAUAUUUCGAUAGUUCCUAAGACAGCUAUAUGAUUUGUUUUUACCAUUUUUUUUAAAUAUUUUAUUGUUUUAUUGCAAAGAAUAUACUAUUCUGAGUUAUACACAUAUAUGUGUAUUUGUAAAAACAAAGUUUUGUGUAAUUUCCCUUUUUAUUUUUAACUUUCCUUUACUUUCUAUUGCAAUAACAUGACGACUAUCCUAGGACUAUAAAAAUUUAUUUUUAUUGUAAACUCUAAAAAUAUGCCUAAUAUAUUGUUCCCAUAUGUUAUAAUUAUUCUUAUGGGAACUAUAGGAUAUAGUGGUCUGAUCCCGAUCGUUCCUUACCGCUCUUUACCAUCGUUGCAAGCUCACCCCAUGAAAGAAUUUACAAAUAGAUAUAGAAACAUAGAGUUUAAUGAUGAUUGUGUUUAGCUCAUAUGUUAGUAUACUAGUUUUAGUCAUCGCUCAAUAGAGCGAGUCUACAAAAAAAGGAACUUUUCAAAAAUAAACGACAACU